AUGUGGGCUAGUGUUAACGCCUUUUGGACGCUCUUUUUUUUCCCAGGUUCCAGCUCGUUUCCGGCGAGUGGCGGCUUCGGGCCUGCGCUGGUGCUCGAGCCCCCCACGUCGAUGGAGUUCUCGAGCGAAUCCGGCGCCGUGCUACCUUGCUCGGCCAGGGGACAACCGACCCCGAGGAUCACGUGGGAGAGGAAGGACGGCUCGCCCGCUGCACCCGUAGACGGACUGCGCUCGGUCCGCUCCGACGGGUCGCUCGUCCUGUCGUCGUUCUUGGCGAGCCAGUACCGCCAGGAUGUGCACUCGGCCACGUACCGCUGUGUGGCGUCCAACCCCCUGGGCACCGUCAAGAGCAGGCUGGUACACGUCCAAGGCGUGGUGCUUCAGAAGUUCACGGCCAACGUGUACGACGUCUACGUCAUUCGAGGAAACUCUGCCCUGCUCCGCUGUUACGUGCCUCCCGCUGUGAAGGACUACGUCAAGGUGACGUCAUGGGUACGGGACGACGGCGUCACGGUGGGAACCCUGGGAAGCACGGGAAUCGAGGAUCGGUACUUGAUGCUUCCGACGGGAGAACUCCUCAUUCGGGAUGUCCAGUCUCCGGACACGUUUCGGGGUUACCGCUGCCAGGUACGCAACGUCCUGACCGGAGUGACCGACACCAGCGCCACCGCGGGCAAGGUCAUCGUAACUGAGCCCCACACGCAGACUCCGCCCCGCAUGGCCGAGUACCGCAGCGUCGUCCAGGUGGAGCAGGGCGACCAGGCGUUCCUGCCCUGCUUGGCUCAGGGCAACCCGCCGCCCACGCAGACCUGGUACCGGCUGCACGGCCCAGCGUCCUCGAUCCCCGUGGUGCCUUCGGAGCGGCUCACCCUCCUCGAGGGAGCCCUGGUCCUGCACGGGGCCAGGACCCAGGACGAAGGGAAGUACGCCUGCGUCGUCAACAACUCGGCCGGAGAGGACAGGGCCGACACGGACCUGGUGGUCACCGUGCCCCUCUCGGCACACCUGGAGCCCUCGGUACAGACCGUGGACGUGGGCAGGACUGCCAACCUGAGCUGCCGCGUAGCGGGCCACCCUGUGCACGGCGUCCAGUGGACACUUAAUGGCCGCCCCCUGGCCAAGGGCGAUCCGCGGUUCACGCUACUCUCCAGGGACCUGCUCCAGGUGUCUUCCGUGCAGCGCGACGACAGGGGCAUGUACCAGUGUCUGGCCUUCAACCAAAGGGACUCAGCCCAGGGGACGGCGCAACUGGUCAUCGGAGAGGACGCUCCCGUGCUAGAGCAAGUGUUCUCGGAGCAAGAGGUGCGACCGGGUACCUCGAUGUCCCUCAAGUGCUCCGCCUCGGGGAACCCGCUGCCCCAAGUCACAUGGACGCUGGAUGGAGGUGCGGUGCCUGAGGUGUACCACAUCCGCAUCGGGGACUACGUCAGCAACGAGAGGAUUGUGCACAGUUACGUGAACCUGACCUCCGUACGCGUGGAGGACGGCGGCCGGUACGCGUGCGUGGCGCGCAACGGCGUGGGCGCGGCGCAGCACUCGGCCCGCCUGAACGUGCUCGGACGACCCCUGGUGCGGCCCAUGGGCAACGUGACGGCGCUGGCGGGACGCCCCGUCACCCUCCACUGCCCCGUCGCCGGACACCCCAUUCGGAGCAUCGCCUGGCUCAAGGAUGGCCGCUCACUGCCCCAGAAUCACCGUCAGCGGACGUUUCCCAACGGCACCCUCGUCAUCUCGGAUGUGCAGCGGUCCGUAGACAGUGGAUGGUACAGCUGCGUUGCCCAAGAUCCGGACGGAAACAGCGCCAAGAGACAGGUUGCUCUGGACGUAAUGAUUCCCCCCGUGGUGAACCCGUUCGCCUUCCCGUCGGACCUGACGGAGGGCAAGCGCGCGGGGGCGGCGUGCAUCGUGUCCGACGGGGACCUGCCCAUCUCGGUGGAGUGGCGCAAGGACGGCCUGCCCCUGGCCCCGGCCCUGAGGGCGUCGGUGGCCGAGGCCAACGACUACACGUCCUUCCUGUCCUUCGCCGCCGUCCGACAGAGCCACUCGGGCAACUACACCUGCGUGGCCAGCAACCCGGCCGCCUCGGCUAACUUCACCGCGCCCAUGGUCGUGCAGGUGCCUCCAAGAUGGCGCCAGGAGCCGAGGGACAUGUCGGCCGUCAUGGGGCAAGCCGUGGUAUUCGACUGCCAAGCGGACGGCUUUCCCGUGCCGGUCAUCCGCUGGAAAAAGGCUCACGACAGCGGCGGCCGCGACUUUAGCGUGAUCAUCAGCAACGCCAACGUCCAGAUUCUCGAGAACGGUUCGCUCAGCAUCCGCGAGGCUGACCGCAAAGAUGGCGGACAGUACAUGUGCCAGGCCAUCAACGGCGUGGGACCCGGAAUAUCCACCGUCGUGCGCCUGGACAUCCAUGUGGCGGCACACUUCGAAAGAAAAUUCCAAGCACUCACGGUUCGCCGUGGAGAAAGCAUUGCCCUCACGUGCAGUGUUGUCGGUGAGCCCCCGAUCACGGUGACCUGGACGAGAGACAGGCAUGGUUUUAACCCCACGCUCGAACCCAGGUACGUGGUCGAAGAGAAGCCCGGUGCAGAAGACCUCGAGUACACGGUGCACAUCCCUGCUGCUGAUCGCAGGGACUCGUCGCUGUUCAGCUGCUACGCAGAAAAUGCGUACGGCAGAGAUGACACCAACUUCCAGGUCGUCGUUCAAGAGCCGCCGGACAAGCCGCGGGGUCUGGAGACGACGUCGACGACCAGUCGAGCUGCCACUUUGGUCUGGGCCCCGCCGUACUCUGGAAACAGUCCCGUACUCAAGUACCUGCUCGAGUACAAGACUGAGCCCGGAUCAUGGGACACCGAUAAGCAUCUGGUGGCCGUCGAUUCAACGGAUCUGUCUCACGUGGUGAAUGCACUCAAGCCCAAGUCAACUUACGAGUUCCGCCUGAGGGCGGAGAAUGCUCUCGGCGUUAGCGACUACAGCGACUCGCUUGUCCUCACAACUGACGAAGAAGCACCGAGCGGCGCACCGCGUGCCAUCAAGGUCACAGCCACCGGAUCACGAAGUCUUCGCGUCGUCUGGAAGCCACCGACGGAAGAAGAGACCCACGGCACCGUUCACGGCUACUACGUGGGCUACCGUGUCCGGGAAUCAAAGGAGUCGUACGCCUACAAGACCCUCGAUGCAUCUACGGCUGCCGCAGGUCAUGGAUUUACGGCAUCGUCGUCAUCUCUGCACGAAUGCGAACUCACCGACUUGCGCAAGAACACGCGCUACAGCGUCGUGGUUCAGGCCUUCAACGCCAAGGGGGCGGGACCAUCCUCGGAAGAAGUUCUCGCACAGACGCUGGAAAUCGACCCUCCCAACGCACCGUCCCUGAAGUUAGUCUCUUCAACGUCGUCUUCAGUGCACCUCAGCUGGGAGGCAGCCAAAGAACAACCUGUCAGCGGCUACGUGCUGUACCAGAGAGCCGAGGCAACUCCCGGCUCAAGUUCGUUGUCCUCCGAAUCUGCUGGAGAGUGGUCCGAGAUCCAGAUGAGCGCUGAUCGGUCGGCGUACGCUUUCCGGGGGCUCGACUGCGGCCGCCGCUACGCCUUCUACGCCCUUGCGUUCAACGCGGCGGGCAGGGGACCGCAGAGCAACACCGUGUUCGCCAAGACCGAGGGCUCAGCACCCGUGGCCCCCGAGCUGCAAGACCUGGUGUCGCUGAACAUAACGGCGGUGACACUUCAGCUGAGCUCGUGGAAGAGCGGCGGUUGCCCUAUUGCGUACUUCGUGGUGCUCUACAAGCAACAGGCCGCACGGGAAUGGACGCCGGCAGCGGCCAGGUUGCCCGCCCCGGCGCAGCAGCACCCGCCGCAAUCAACGACGCUGGUUAUCGGUGACCUCUCACCGGCCACCUGGUACGACCUCCUGGUGACCGCCCACAACGAGGCUGGAUCCACCGAGGCUGUCUACGCGUUCGCCACACUCACUCUGGACGGAGGAACUGUGUCACCGCCGCGACUAACGCAAGCCGUCGAUUCCCAGCAGCGGCAAAUCCGCAUCAUCGUCCCCGUCGUGUGCGUGCUGUUCGUCCUGUUUAUGGUUUUCGCUGUAGUCUGCUGCGUUGUCUCCCGGAGAAGACUGUCACUGGCAAGACGACGAGAAGAUAUGGAGGAGCCCGAGAACACCAAGGCCGUGGACACGGUGCCCAUGAGCGUCUGGGAGAAGCCGGACCAGGUGGCCUGCCGGGAGCAACUUUACUUCCCGUCGCCCUACGCCGGAAGCCGCGUGUGCGCCUUCGUCGACGGAGUGCCGCCACCGCAGCACACCUGGACGACCACAGGGAGGCUGAGGGCCGGGGAGCACAACGAGGCCUCGGAAGAGAUGGACGCUCAACACCAGCACACGUACGACGUGCCUUUCCUCCGGAGGCCGCCUUGCACGGAGCAACUAUCAUAGCCCUCCAACAUACGGAAGGCGCGCUGUGACGGCAAGCCUCUCGACCGGAAUGAACGAGCGAGCUCUCCGACCUGGAUUCACCCUUUUCCUUCGUGGACUUUCCGUGGCCCCGUCUUGGAGCCGACGAGGAGGAGUCAGGCCGGCCUCGCACUAUCUCGGUCACUGUGAUACUACCUGCACGGCGGU